AAUCUUCAGAUGAUAGGGAUAUUCUUGAAUUAUCUUGGACGUUGCCAUCCCUGCAAAAACAAUUUUUACAUAAACCAGACGGAUAUGUCUGCCAUAUUCUUGAAUAUGAGGGUCCAGGUAGCUUGUUUUCUUUACUAAAAUCUCGUGGGUGGGCUACAUCUUUAACUGCUCUUGUUGAGGAAUCUGGAAUAUAUCGUACAUCCAUAGCUUACAUCUUUGUCAUUUCCAUACAUCUUACUCACUUGGGUCUACAAAAGGUCAAGGAUAUUAUUGGAUUUGUCUACCAGUACCUUAAGUUGUUGCGCAAAAGUUCUCUACCGAAGUGGAUAUUUGAGGAACUUAAGUGUAUUGGAAAAAUGGAUUUCAUAUUUGGAGAUGGGAAGUCUCAACUUGAUUACGCUGCUAAACUAUCAGAAAAUUUGCUCUUAUAUUCGCGGGAACAUGUCAUCUAUGCCGACUAUGCGUACAAGAGAUGGAAUAAGCAGCUAAUAAGACAACUUCUUCGUUUCUUUGUUCCUGAAAACAUGAGAGUAGACAUGGUAUCCAAUGUCUUCCAAAUGAGAGCUCCCAAAUUUGAAUCGUGGUUUGGAAUAUAUUAUUCCGUCGAAGAUAUUGAUAGAAGUUUAAUGAAGCUGUGGAGAAACUCUCCCAGUAUCGAUUACUCGUUGUAUCUUCCUUCAAAGAAUGAGUUUAUUCCUACCAUCUCUUCUGUACAUUUGGAAGACAUAUAUGAUGAUGAUUGUCAACAUUCGACUUCUCCAAGCUGUAUAACAGAUGAUGCUACUAUGAAAAUAUGGUACAAACGGGACACUACGUACAAGGUUCCAUUUUCUAGUACAUAUUUUCGAAUAAACUUCAAGGAAGCUUGUGAUAGCGUAGAGAAUUGUGCAUUAUCUGAAUUAUUCAUUCAUCUCCUUAAGGAUCAAUUGUGUGGAGUUAUCUACCAGGGUCGAAUUGCCAAGUUUGAUAUCUCAAUUUCCUUUGUGGAUGGUAUGCUUGAGCUGAAGCUAUCCGGUUUCAAUGACAAACUUCCUCUUCUCUUAUCUAAGGUUUUGUUAGAAGUUAAUUCUUUCAUGCCAACUGAUGAUCGAUACGAGCUUAUGAGAGAAGACCUGAAGAGAAAUUUGAUGAACCACGACAAUGUAGAUCUUGAAAUCCUUCUGUGUGAACACAGUUAUCAUAGCAAUGAAAAACAACUUUAUCUAAGCGACGAUCUGUUGCUUGACGAUAUGAAGAAAUUUAUUAGGGACCUUCGCUCACAGGUAUACAUUGAGGGUCUAUGUCAUGGAAAUUUGACAAAAAAAGAAGCAAUUGACAUUGGUGAGAUGAUUAAGAAGAGGUUUUCAAGAAAUCCACUUCCCGUUAAGUCAAGGCAUGCUGAGCGGGUGAUUUGCCUCCCUCUCGAUGCCAAUUUAGUUUUGGAUUUGUACGCUUCAAAAACAAUCUUUGUCGCUGAGUGUUAUUUUCAAAUUGAACAAGACAUUGGAUUGGUAUCAACCAAGCUGAUGGCUUUGUUUGAACUUUUUGGUACUAUUGUUGAAGAGCCAUUCUUUAAUCAAUUGAGGACAACAGAUCAUGUUGGCUAUGACGUCAGUUAUUCCACACUUAAGCUGAAUCAUGUUUUUGGGUUUUGUCUCCAAGUUAAAUCAUCUAAAUACAACCCAAAUUACAUGCAAAGUAGAAUUGAUAGUUUCAUAGAUGGCUUGGAAGUAUUCUUUGAUAACUUAGAUGAUGAGUCAACUAUAAAAAUAAUGCAUCGAAAAAGUUGUUGCAGAAAGGUUCCUCGCUUGUGGAAGAAAGCAAUAGACUGUGGACUUCAAUAGUUGAAGAAAGGUGUAAUUUUGACAUUGGUCAACAGAGAGCCUAUGAAAUUAAUAAGCUCAAGAAAAAGGAUUUGGUUAAAUGGUAUAGAAAAUACGUGAAGAAGUCAUCUCCCAAGUGUCGGAGAUUGCAGUUAAACUUUUGGAGUACCGAAUCGGGAAUGAAUACCGAUAAUUCACAAUCAAACUUUAUCCACAUGAAAAAUUUUAAAAAGAAUUUCAAUUUUCAUCAAAACAUCUGAUAUACCACAAUUGUUACUGGAUGUUGACUUAGUGUAUCACAUCAUAUAUGAUAUAUUGGAUUUUAUUGAUUCACUUAACACUGCAUUUUAUAAGAAUACUGCAUUGAGAUUUAUAAGAA